AUGAACGAUGUUUAUGAGGCCAUCAAAUAUGCCAAAAAAUAUUUAGAAGUAUCUCAUCACUUUCCCGGAGAAGUAUUGAAGAACUUCAAAGAAAAUCAAAAUCUCAGAAUAGAAUUGACAAGCGGCGAGCUUGGCAUCGAAGAGGGCGUUCUGUGGAAGUGGAAGACAGAGUUCGGAAACACUUUGCAAAGUUGUGAAAUUCUAGGCGCUGCCUCGUUAGUGAAGGGAACCGAGGUCGAAAAGAAGGGAAGCAAGUCUGAUGGCUCCAAUAAGCCAGGGUGCUUGCAGGUUAGAACAGACGGAAGCAGGAUCGGCGAAAGUUUGAUCCGCAUGCAGCCAUAUGAUAGCAGGAGUAUCCAUGCAUACUUUUUCACAGAUGAAGGCAUGAAGUUAAGAGUAGUUUGGACCAUCAGCUCUUUGAGCGGCGCUUCAACUCGACACUAUCUUCUUCAACACAUCAUUUUUGACCAUCCUACUCUAGAAAGUUUGGUAUUCACGGAUGCCGAUGGCCAGGGUAUGCUCUGCAUAAGCAAAGAGCAGCUGACUCAAGUUCCUGCAUUGAACGUGAAGCUAUGCAUUCUUGCCAAGCAGCGCAGAUAUCUCUUGGAAAUGAACUCGUUUUGA